UCACCACAGCAGAGCCUUUAAACCCUUCACCCAGCCAGCGCCCCAUCCUGUCUGUCCAAGGCCAGACAGAGCUGACUCCUUCCUGCGAGCCCUGAGGAGCCCCUCUCUCCCCAAACAUGGCCAACAAGGGACCUUCCUACGGCAUGAGCCGUGAAGUGCAAUCCAAAAUUGAGAAGAAAUACGACGAGGAGCUGGAGGAACGGCUGGUGGAGUGGAUCGUAGUGCAGUGUGGCCCUGAUGUGGGUCGCCCAGACCGCGGCCGCUUGGGCUUCCAGGUCUGGCUGAAGAAUGGUGUGAUUCUGAGCAAGCUGGUGAACAGCCUGUAUCCUGACGGCUCCAAGCCAGUGAAGGUGCCCGAGAACCCACCCUCCAUGGUCUUCAAGCAGAUGGAGCAGGUGGCUCAGUUCUUGAAGGCAGCUGAGGACUAUGGGGUCACCAAGACUGACAUGUUCCAGACUGUUGACCUCUUUGAAGGCAAAGACAUGGCAGCAGUGCAGAGGACCCUGAUGGCCCUGGGCAGCUUGGCGGUGACCAAGAAUGACGGGCACUAUCGUGGAGAUCCCAACUGGUUUAUGAAGAAAGCCCAGGAGCACAAGAGGGAAUUCACAGAGAGCCAACUGCAGGAGGGAAAGCAUGUCAUUGGCCUACAAAUGGGCAGCAACAGGGGGGCCUCCCAGGCUGGCAUGACGGGCUACGGAAGACCUCGGCAGAUCAUCAGUUAGAGGACAGGCCCAGCCCCCUGCCUGGCCCCCCAGCUCAUUGGCUGCAUCGGCCCCUAGCCCCCCACCCCCACCUGUUAGCUCCCUCAGCCAGCCAAGCUUCCAGGCUCCGAGGCUCCUCACUGAGCAAAGGUGACUGCACUUGGGCAACUCUCCCCCACCCCUCAGCCCAACUUCUUCCUCCAAAGCACUGCUCCUGGGCCUCCUCCCAGCUCCCCACCUCUCUACUGUCUCUUCCCAUCCUGGGCUGAGCAGGGGGGCUGGGCUGGGUGUGGCCUAGGGGUGGGGCAAACCCACUGUCCUCCUAGGCAGCAGAUGCCCACUGAGGGAGACCCAGCCCAACCUCCCCCCAUUUUUGCUGGAAUAUUUUGGGGGUUGAAAUUCAAGAAGCAAAAAAAUAUAUACAUCUUUUCUCAGG